AUGGCUGAUGCCGCUAGUGGCCCUGAAGCAGGGGAGAACACCAGGGAGAAGCUAGAAACUGAAUCGAUUGGCAUUAUAAGACCGUUCAUAAAACAAGCUAACCAUUUGCGAUAUCUUUUUGAUGAUGCCGACGUAGCGAUGCCUAAAAUUGGUAUUGUGGAGAAGUUCCAAGGACAGGAACGCGAUAUAAUAUUAAUCUCAGGAGUGAGAUCAAGCAAGGAGCAUAUAUUUGACGAUAUGCACCAUGGAUUAGGAUUCAUACGAAACGAAAGAUCAACCAAACUCGCAAUUUCUCGGCCUCGUUGUUUGCUUAUGAUAUACGGCAACACCGACACACUCUUUUUUGAUCCUCAUUGGCGCAUGAUCAUAAAUUACUGCAUCGAUAAUGAUGCCUACCUCGGUCAUUUGCCGGCAACGUUGUCUGACCCACCAACACUAGCUGAAGGAACAGUUAAUACUCAAGAUAAUUAA